AUUCAUCUGAGCAUAUAGUCUUUCUUAGUUGAGUGUUGAAGAAGCUCUGUCGUGGUUAUACGUUCAGAUACUUUUAGAGUAGAUGGGCGUGAUGGGCGUGAAUCGUUUCUCUAAACGGAACCGAGAGGGGCUUCAUCUGCACAGACGACCAUGCGCUCUGUUCACCUGCGCUCUGAUGAGUAGGCUACUGUAGGCUACACGAAAGAGAUACCAGGGCUAUGGAUAAUACAGGAUAUAGAGCCUCAACUGUCUGAAGACUCCCUAAAUCUACAAACAGGAGGGAGGAGAGUAAGAAAGAGAGUUUUGGUGCAUGUGUCAAGAGGAUGUGUGUUUGAGAAAGAGAGAGAGAGAGAGAAAGAGAGAGGGGGAGCGAGUGAAAAAGAGAGAGGGAGAGAAAGACGAGGAGAGCAAGUAAAAGAGGAGUAUACGGCUGGACCAGGUGAUCGAGUCCUAACAAACCUCCAAGGGGCUGCCGGGUAGUAUCAGUGUGCACAGGAUCAGUGUUCCGACCAUGGUGCCAAUGCGCUGCCUGGGACACUGUGCCAUGCUGGCACUGACGCUCCUCUUGGGAUGCGGCGUGGUGCUAUGCCUCGGCCAAAACGACACGGAGCCAAUCGUACUGGAAGGCAAGUGUCUGGUGGUCUGUGACUCCAACCCCUCCUCGGACGGAGGAGUCACCUCCUCGCUUGGGAUAUCUGUCCGCUCCGCUGGCGCCAAGGUGGCUUUCUCCGCGGUGCGCGGGACUAAUCACGAGCCGUCGGAGAUGAGCAACACGUCCAUGACUAUCUAUUUUGACCAGGUAUUAGUGAACAUCGGCAACCAUUUCGAUCUUAAAGCGAGUGUGUUCCUGGCACCACGCAGGGGAAUCUACAGCUUUAGCUUUCAUGUGGUGAAGGUUUACAACAGACAAACCAUACAGGUCAACCUGAUGCAGAACGACUAUCCGGUUAUAUCAGCUUUUGCCGGUGACCAGGACGUUACGCGGGAGGCGGCUAGCAAUGGGGUUUUGCUGAUGGUGGAGCGCGAGGACCGUGUUUAUCUGAAGCUGGAACGGGGCACGCUCAUGGGCGGUUGGAAAUACUCCACUUUCUCAGGCUUUUUAGUCUUCCCACUAUAAUCAAAUUUGAGAUCAGUUUAUUACCACGUGACCCUCCUUCACUCGGGGAAGAACAAGCAAACAUUACAUUUAUUUAAACACAGCCGUCAGCCAAGGACGCCGACACAAUGUGUACCUACACUCCUUAUAUAUUGGCUAUACAUAUAUAUAAGUAAAGCAACGUUUCCCUGGAAUUCAUAUCCAAAUCCAACGACCAACGCAAUCUGGAUAACAAAUCGAUCGAGCUGUGACGUGCACAUAUCGAUUAAACCUCCUUGGAUAUUAUCGCUGGGGAAAAACUUUUUUUUCAACAGACAAGUCAGUGUACCUGUGUGUACCUGGACAACAGGACAAAUCAGAAGAUUAUAUGAAGAACUAAGUGUAUUUACGAGUGUUCUCUAUUUUAUGUUUGUAUAGCGUUUCUGUCUAGUGAGAUGUAUGGAUUAUGGACAUCUAGAGAAGUGCUUUCAAACCCAAGGCAUUUUUUUUGCAGGAAUGGAAGAUUUUUUUUGUGCUGUCCAUGGUGUUGCAUUUGGAUGCUCUACAUAGCCUAUUGAAAACAAGCCAAAUGGAGGCCGCAUACUAUUCAGAGUUUAUUAAAAGAGAAAAAAAACUACAUAUUUCUGCCAAUGGAAACAACUUUAAACUCUUUUAUUAAGAAUUUAUCUAAUUUAUAAAAAUACAUAUUCACAUGAUGGUGUAUUCUACAUUUCGGAUCUGCGUAGCUUUGACUGAUUUAGUGUUCAGUGCUCACAAAAUGUACUUUGUGAAAAUAACAUAAAAAUCCCUAUA